CAUGCCGGGUCAGUGUGCGUCACUGUCUCUAUCGCUGCAAGUGCAAGCUCGAGGACAUUUCCUUCUCCUCUCCUUCUCGAGCUCCCUCCUUCGUGUUCUUCCCCCCUUCCUCCUCGCUUCUUCUUCUUCCCCCUCGUGCCAAGACCAAAAUUCACGACAGCCUCCAUUUCCCCAAUCAAUCGGGCAAGAGAGAAGACGAGAAGACGCCAUGGGAGGAGGAGGGGGCGAGCUACACCGCCGCUAGCUUCUUCUUCUCUGCCGCAUCUUCUAUCUUUCUUUCUUGCUCCCCUCCGUCCGUCCAAGAAGAAAGAUGCGGACUCUAUGGGGAGGAGAAGAUCUCGCCUUCCUCCUUCGCUGUUGCUCGCUGCUUCUCCUACUGGCUUCCUUCUCCCAUGGCGCGGACAUGCCGACGGGCUCGUCCCUCUCGCCGGGGAACCAGGCGGCCCCGUGGCUGUCUCCCAACUCCACCUUCUCCCUGGCCUUCGCGCCGUCGCCUUCCUCACCGUCCCUCUUCGUCGCGGCCGUCACCUACGCGGGCGGCGUCCCCGUCUGGUCGGCCGGCGCGGGCGCGGCCGUCGACUCGGGCGGCUCGCUGCGUCUCUCCUCCACCGGCGACCUGCAGCUCGUCAACGGGUCCGGCGCCGUGCUCUGGUCCUCCGGCACCGGCGGCCGGGGCGUGGCGGCCGCGGCCCUGCAGGAGAGCGGCAACCUCGUGCUCAAGAACUCCACGGGCGGCGCUCUGUGGCAAUCCUUCGAACACCCUACGGACACGGUCGUGAUGUCGCAGAGCUUCACCUCGUCCAUGAACCUCACCUCCGGCAACUACGCCUUCGCCGUCGACAGGCCCAGCGGCAACCUCACGCUCAGGUGGUCUUCUUCCUCCUCCGGCUCCGGCGGGGGGAACGCGGUGAAGUACUUCAACAAGGGCUACAACUCCACCUUCACGGGGAACCAGACGCUGACGUCGCCAUCGCUGGUGAUGCAGAGCAACGGCAUCGUGUCCCUCACCGACACCUCGCUGUCCUCCCCCGCCGUGGUCGCCUACAGCAGCAACUACGGCGAGAGCGGCGACAUGCUGCGCUUCGUCCGCCUCGACGCCGACGGCAACUUCCGCGCCUACAGCGCCGCCAGGGGCAGCAGCAGCGCCACGGAGCAGUGGUCGGCGGUGGUGGACCAGUGCGAGGUGUUCGGCUACUGCGGCAACAUGGGCGUCUGCGGCUACAACGGGACUUCGCCGUUCUGCAGCUGCCCUUCGCAGAACUUCCGGCCCAAGGACGCCGCCGACCCCCGGAGCGGCUGCGAGCGCAAGGUGGAGCUUGUAAACUGUCCCGGGAACUCCACCAUGCUGGAACUCGCCAACACGCAGUUCCUGACAUACCCGCCGGAGAUCACCACGGAGCAGUUCUUCGUGGGGAUCACCGCCUGCCGGCUCAACUGCCUCUCCGGCGGCUCCUGCGUGGCGUCCACCGCGCUCGCCGAUGGCUCCGGGCUCUGCUUCCUCAAGGUCUCGCCCUUCGUCAGCGCUUACCAGUCUGCGUCUCUGCCCAGCACGUCCUUCGUCAAGGUCUGCUUCCCCGGCGUGCCGAACCCGCCGCUUGUCGCUGGCGGCGGAUCGUCGGGUGGUUCCUCCGGCCUCCGUGCGUGGGUCGUCGCCUUGGUGGUUCUCGGCGCGGUGUCAGGGCUGGUGCUGUGCGAGUGGGUGCUGUGGUGGGUCUUCUGCCGGAACAGCCCCAAGUACGGGCCGGCGUCGGCGCAGUACGCGCUGCUGGAGUACGCCUCCGGCGCGCCGGUGCAGUUCUCGUACAAGGAGCUGCAGAGGUCGACCAAGGGGUUCAAGGAGAAGCUGGGCGCUGGCGGGUUCGGUGCCGUGUACCGUGGCGUGCUGGCGAACCGGACGGUGGUGGCGGUGAAGCAGCUGGAAGGGAUUGAGCAAGGGGAGAAGCAGUUCAGGAUGGAGGUGGCUACCAUCAGCAGCACGCACCACCUCAACCUCGUCAGGCUCAUUGGCUUCUGCUCCGAGGGCCGGCAUCGCCUGCUCGUCUACGAGUUCAUGAAGAACGGCUCGCUCGACGCCUUCCUCUUCGCUGGUGCCGACGCGCCCAAGAUGCCAUGGUCCACGCGGUUCGCUGUCGCCGUCGGGACAGCGCGCGGCAUCACCUACCUCCAUGAGGAAUGCCGCGACUGCAUCGUGCACUGCGACAUCAAGCCCGAGAACAUCCUCCUCGACGAGCAGCACAACGCCAAGGUGUCUGAUUUCGGGCUCGCCAAGCUCAUCAACCCCAAGGAUCACCGGCACCGGACACUCACUAGUGUGCGCGGCACCAGGGGGUACCUGGCGCCAGAGUGGCUCGCCAACCUCCCGAUCACGGUCAAGUCCGACGUCUACAGCUAUGGGAUGGUCUUGCUGGAGAUCGUCAGUGGCCACCGCAACUUUGACAUCUCCGAGGAGACUGACAGGAAGAAGUUCUCGGUCUGGGCAUAUGAGGAGUAUGAGAAGGGGAACAUUGCCUGCAUCGUCGACAAGAGGCUCGCCGAGGAAGACAUUGACAUGGCUCAAGCGGAGCGCGCCCUCCAGGUGAGCUUCUGGUGCAUCCAGGAGCAACCGGUGCAACGGCCGACCAUGGGGAAGGUGGUGCAGAUGCUGGAAGGUAUCAUGGAGCUCGAGCGGCCGCCACCCCCCAAGUCAUCAGACAGUUUCUUGACCGUUACCACAGCCACUGGCUCCACCAGCGGUGCCAGCAGUAGUAUGGCAUCGACAUUCGCCUCGUCGGCACUGGUAGCGCCCAUGUCAACGCCAAAUUUGGAGCAGCAGAUGGCUGUGGGACGCUCAGCCUCGGUCCGGGACCGUGAAAUAGCAUCUCACCCGCUGCGCUCAUCGGAGCCAUACAUGACAAUGUGAUGCCUAUGCUGAUCUUCUCUAGAGCUGAACAGAAAAACGAGGCAAAAUGGUUGCCGAGAAAAAAACGCACGGAUCAUCGAGCAAUCAGGUAAAUUGAUAGGCUGCUUCGCUGUCUGGUUGGUUUUUGUUCUGUUGGGGAAUGGAAGAAGUUUCCUGGAAAGCAAAGUGUUUUUCAGUGCCUGUGAGAUUUUCCAUACUUCCGAAGUAUGUAUGUGCCUGAUAAGCCAAAUACCAACAAUUCGUAAGUAAUAGAAUUAGAUCAUACUCGACGCUGCGCUACUUGUAGUAAUUUGUACAAAUAAUUCAAACUGAGGAUUGAGGGCAAACUUGAUUUCCAAUUCAGAUGUAGAAUUGGUGGUGCUUGUCAUGGCACUGCCAAUUCAGUGUCUCUGCAUUUUGUGCUCAUAUCAUAUAACCUCAAUUCAGUGUCUCUGAA